CAGCCAACCUAGUAGUACAGCAUAAAUCAAAUUGCGAGGAAUCAUUUAUGUUCAACGAGUAGUAAAACAAAAAAACUAUACCCAUUAUAUUUUGUGCAAUCGCAUUCGAUUGAAACCAAUUGACUUCUUUGUUUUUUUCUGACAUAUUUUGAGGAUAUCCUCAUUUGAAGCCAAAUUCUGUUAAGAGGAGUACAAAAUGGAAGACAAUAUUAUGAAUUUAGUUGUGGUUGGAGUCAUUUCAUGGUCAACAAUUUUUCUGUUGACAAGGAGGGUCUUCCCCAAGCUUUCAUUUGAUUUCUCCAACCGAGUUGUUUCAACGAUUCAUGCAACUUUAGCUGUGAUAUUGGCCUCUCUCACUGUUCAAGAUUGGAGGUGCCCAGUUUGUCCCUUGGCUUCAAAAUCUUCCCCAAAGCAGAUGCAAACUCUAGCAAUGAGCCUUUCUUAUAUGAUCUAUGAUAUGGUAUGUUGCCUCUUUGACAAGCAAGUCAAAUUGGACAAUUCGAUCCAUCAUCUAGUUAGCAUUGUUGGAUUUGGAGCAGGCCUAGCCUAUAAGAAGGUUCACUCGGAAGUUCUUUGGAGAGUUAGGAACCUAACUUGGCAUAGAAGUUUUGAUUAUCAAGAUUAUCAGCUAAUUAAGACAGAUCUAAAGUGUGGAUCAGAGAUGGUUGUUGCAUUAUGGAUAACCGAAAUUUCCAGCCCUUUCCUCCACCUAAGGGAGCUUCUCAAAGAGCUUGGUUACAAAGACACCGACCUUAGUUUGGUUGCUGAUAUUUUGUUUGCAGUAAUAUUUACAUUCGCCAGGAUGGGCGGUGGGCCUUAUCUCACUUAUGUGACUUUGGUUGCUAACAAUCCAUUUCUCAUAAAGGCAAUGGCUUUGGGCUUGCAACUGGUUAGUGCCUUCUGGUUUUACAAAAUCGUCUUGAUGGUGAGAUACAAAUUGACAAAGAGGACUAGUACGAAAGUUGCGUAAAACCUAUUUGAACCGAGAAAUUGAAAUGGGCUAUAACCAGAUAUUGUGAUCAUCAAGAAUUCAAAGUCCUGCCUGUGGUCGAACUCGCUGGCCAACCUUAUUGCUCAAAUCAUUUAUGUAGAUCAUAACUGUGAGGUUGCAAUUUGAUUGAUUGUGUGUGUUGUGUAGCUGUGUGAUGGGUUCAACAUCUGGUAUUUAUUAGAUAAAUCUAAACUUUAUUAAUAACUACAAGAAGCCUCAAUUGUUACUAGUCAUUUUGAGGUAUAAUGUAAAUAUGGCUAGACUAGCCUUUUUCCUUGGGUUGUGCAUUUUAUUGUAUCCCUAGACUUUUUAAAUUAGUGCUAUUUUUCUUUAGAGAAAAAAAAUAG